GCAGCAGUCAGCAGUGCUGUCUCACAGCAUCACGCGAGCCCUGCAAGGAACCACCAUGGCAUCAGAACCGGCGAAGGAGAGCGGGGGGGUACAAGACCCCUACAGCGAUGCCAGCGCCAAGUACGGACCGCUCAAGCUGCCGGAGCUGCAGACCGUGGACCUCAGCAAGAUGUACGGCGGGGCAGCUCAAGGUAAGGAGCCAGAGUACUUGGACUACAACAUCAAGGGGAGAGGCUUCUGGGAACGGAUGCCUUACAACGCCGGGGCGCUUUAUCUAACCGGGAUCUUGGGAGGCGGAGCGGCGGGCGUUCGGGACGGGUUAGCGAAGGCGCCCAACCGGAGAUCCCGAGUCCUUCUGAACAGCAUCAUGAACCACGCUGGCAAGAAGGGUUCCUUCUACGGCAACACCUUUGCGGUCCUCGCAACGUACUACACCUGCGCGGAGACCUUGUUGGACCACUUUGAGGUGGACCAGAUGGGACCAGUCCAGCAAGCGGGGCUGGGAGAGAUCAUCAACCCGUUGCUGGCGGGCGCGUCGACCGGCCUCCUGUACAAGAGCUCCGCGGGACCAAGAUUGGCGUUGAUGGCUUCCGUGGCGGGGCUGGGGGCUGUUGGGGUUGCCUACGCGGUGGACAAGGCGUCGGCGUCGGUGCUAGGACAGGGCAUCAUUUUCUAGAGAUGAUGGCAAAGUAUUCUUGUUUGUUUAGGGAAGGACCGUGCGUCUCUUGUUCUUUUGAUUUCAUUCUCUGUUUCUUCCGUUUUUUCGUGGGAAGGGCAUGUCAUGGCGCGUUGCCUGCUUGAGGGGUACGAACUGCCCUUGUUCUGGUGUAGGCUGACCACUGCUGUGCUUAGUUUGCGAAAAGGUGUAUUCCCUUCGUCAUAUCUUGCCCCCCUCCGUUUUGUGCCGUUCCUAUUGAGUAGCCGCAUUUUUUCCCUCUGCCAACAGUUGGGCAUUGAGGGGUAUUCGUAACCACGGUGGUGUGGACCUCAGUUGUCCAACCAAUAUGCCCUUGACAGGAAAAUUUCGUUCUUAAGCUUGAAGUAACACAACAAUCUGGUUUCGUUUCGCUUCGCCUUUCCUUGCCAGUCGUCUUUGUAUGUGGAUUCACUCUCUUUUGCGCAGCACCAAACGAUCCAUUUUCCGACAACCAAGCCUCAGCCCGUUCACUUUCGCUCUUACAGUGCCCCCGCCUGUAGUAGUGUGAAACUUGAAUCUGGGUUGUAUGAUAGUGCGAGUGAUACCGGUAUGAUCACCGUGGCUUGAGCUGGGCUGCAAUGCUGAGCAGAACCGCUACCCCUGUGCCUGACGACAGCUCGCCUAGCAACCUGACAUUUUGUGACGACCCUCACGCACCCCGUAUUGUGGUAACUCCCAAGACUUUGAGCACAAGGAAAAAGUUGCACGCGAGCGCUUCUAUCAUUAUCGACAGCGCGCGACGAAUAUGGGCAUUGUGUGUCUUUCGGAUUAGCAUCGACC